AAGGCCAUUCUCACCAGGAUGUCCAUGAAACUCACUGCUAUUCUCCUGCUGCUUCAGCUGAGUAGUUACUUGGGUUCUGGGAGCUGUGGCAAAGUGCUGGUGUGGCCCAUGGAAUACAGCCACUGGAUCAACUUAAAGACCAUCCUGGAUGUACUUGUCCAAAAGGGACAUGAGGUGACUGUUUUGCGAUCUUCAGUUUCAAUUUCUUUGGAUGUGGAGAAGGAAUCUGCUAUUAAAUUUGAGACAUAUCCUACAUCACUAUGUAGAGAUGAUUGGGAGUAUAUCUUUACAGAUGAACUCAGGAAAUUGAUUUAUGAGCUACCAAAAGAAUCAAAGUGGACAUAUUUUUCAAUAUUGCAAGAAAUAAUGUGGGUAGAUUCUAGCUACAUGGAAAUUACUUGUAAAGAAUUAGUUCUGAACAAGGAACUUAUGUCAAAACUACAAGAACCAAGUUUUGAUGUUCUUCUUGCAGAUGCCUUCACUCCAUGUGGUGAGCUGAUUGCCGAGCUGCUGCAUAUACCCUUUGUGUACACUCACCGCUCAUUUCCUGGCUACACGUAUGAAAAGUACAGUGGAAAACUUCCAUUCCCUCCUUCCUAUGUGCCUGUAGCUCUCUCAGAAUUAACUGAUCAAAUGACAUUCAUGGAGAGGGUAAAAAAUAUGAUAUAUGUGCUUUAUUUUGAUUUUUGGUUCCAAGCAUUUAAUGAGAAGAAAUGGAAUCAGUUUUACAGUGAAGUAUUAGGAAGACCCACUACAUUAUCAGAGAUAAUGGGGAAAGCAGAAAUGUGGCUCAUUCGAACCUACUGGGAUUUGGAAUUCCCUCGCCCAUCCUUACCCAAUUUUGAUUUUGUUGGAGGACUCCACUGCAAACCUGCCAAACCUCUGCCUAAGGAAAUGGAAGACUUUGUGCAGAGCUCUGGGGAACAUGGUGUUGUGCUGUUUUCUCUGGGGUCAAUGGUUGGGAAUGUGACAGAAGAAAGAGCCAAUGUAAUUGCAUGGGCCCUUGCUCAGAUUCCACAAAAGGUGAUAUGGAGAUUUGAUGGCAAGAAACCAGAUACCCUGGGACCCAACACUCAGCUGUACAAAUGGAUUCCUCAGAAUGACCUUCUUGGUCAUCCAAAAACCAAAGUCUUUGUAACUCAUGGUGGAACCAAUGGCAUCUAUGAGGCGAUCUACCAUGGGGUCCCUAUGGUGGGCAUUCCUCUCUUUUAUGAUCAAGCUGAUAACAUUGUUCACAUGAAGGCAAAGGGUGCAGCCAUUAGAUUGGAUUUCAUCACAAUGACAAGAACAGAUUUGCUCAAUGCAUUGGAGACCGUCAUCGAUGAUCCUUCCUACAAAGAGAAUGCCAUGAGGUUAUCAAGAAUUCACCAUGACCAGCCAGUGAAGCCCCUGGACCGAGCAGUCUUCUGGAUCGAGUUUGUCAUGCGCCACGGAGGAGCCAAGCACCUUCGGGUUGCAGCCCACGACCUGUCCUGGUUCCAGUACCACUCUUUAGAUGUGAUUGGGUUCCUGCUGGCCUGUGUGGCCACUGUGAUUUUCAUCAUCACUAAAUGCUGUCUGUUUUGUUACCAAAAGUUGGCAAAGACUGGAAAGAAGAAAAAAAGGGAGUAGUUUUAUAGGUGCCUGAAGUUGGCAGUACUGAUAGGUGGGAAUUAUAUACUUGAAAUUUCCCCAGUUUAUUCCAAUAAGGAGAGGUUGUGAUGACAAAUUCCUCCCUCCUGUGCUACACUAAUUUCACAAUUUACAUAACAGAGUCUAAGUGUGAUUUUCAAGAUAUUUAAUAACUGGUAAAGACGUAGAAAAUCAAAGAUAUGAUUAAAGGAUAGUUGGAGAAAAGUUAAAAUAUGAUUUAUACCCUACACUAAAAUAAAUAAUUUAGUUGGUUCAUGAGUUAUUCAUAGGCAUAACAUUAAAAGGUUCACAUAUAGUAAUGAUAUGAUUUUGCAAAUACCUAACAUAUUAUGGUUUCAGCAUUUUCUGGAGAAAAUAUUCAUCAAUUGAGAUUUUUGUGAAAUAUAAGCAUGAUUCCUUUUGGUUUUGGAACACCAGUAGUGCUUCUUGACUGUUUGUGUUAGAUCCACAUCAACAUCUCUUCUUUUUCCAAAGAGCAAACAUUUUUCUUCUUCUUGCUAUAGACAAUCCUGAGGAGAAUAUACAUAGAAUGAGAAAUGUAAUAUUUACUAAAUGCUUGUUGCUAUAAUAUUGAUCUUAUUGGGAAAGUUUUUGAUUUCACAUUGUAAUUUUACUAUUUUCUUAGACCUCUAGAAACUGACCUUCUUCACCUUACCAUUUGUAGUAUUUGAGAAUUAUAUGUAAGGUCUCAAUUAUAGAUUGUAAUAAUAUAGAACUGGAAAUCUAAUAACACUUCUUUUAUUUUCAUUUUUUCCAAAUGUAUAGAACAUAUGUGAGUCUCAUUUUUCAGAACAAGACUCAGCAUCACUAAAUUAUCCUGCAGACAUUUUGAGAAACUAAAUAGGUCUGGUAGACAAUUUGAAAUAAUUCUUAUUUAGAAUAUAUGUCUCAUUUUCUCUUUUCUUCAGCACUCUUUUGUCCCAUUCCUCCCUCCUUAACACUUACAUGGAAAAAUUCAAAAUUUUAACCUAAUGGAAAGUGACAUAAUUGUCACUAUCCCUUAAACCUAAGCCCUCUUACAAUUACUAUACUACAAUCAAAAUAAUAUAAAAGGAUACAAAUUGUAAGGAAAAUAGAUAAAUUGAACUACAAAAAGAAUGAAGGCCCUCCUUGAAGCUGCAUAUGGUGGAUAAAUUUUACGCUAAAAUUAAUCAAACCAGCUGGCUUUAUUGGUUACAAACAAACAUGUAAGUCUCAUGGCACUACUAUUCUCCCAUCACUCUCAUUAAUCUUUUAAAAUAAUUUAAUAUAGUUAGAAGAAUUAUAGGAGAGUAUACAACAUAAUUAUUUUAUGCCAUUCAUCUAACAAUUUACACAUUUAAAAGAAAAAUACAAUCAAUGAAAUGCUUGUAGUUAAUAAUAUAAAAUCUUGCACAUAAUGUGGAAUUCAUGUUUGUCAAACAUGUCAUGCAAUACAUGUAAGAACAAAGGAUUUAUAUACACUGUGUACUAAAUCAAUGACCAAAAAUGCAGAGUGCAAUAUGCAGAAAGACAGAUGAAAGACAUGAACAGAUAAUUCACAGAAGUGAAAAAGGCACAGUAAUACAUACAAGAUGACAAAAGUCAAUGAUGUUUUAAAAAUAGAAAUCAACUCAAUAAGUGAUUUCCCAAAUAAAUUUAUAACCUUUGAAACUUUGA